AUGCUUCGACGUCGCUUCUCUCGAGAAUCCAAAAGCUUAAAUGACCAACGCGACUUUGGAAAACUUGCCCUUGCUUUCUCGCUCAAGUCAGGGUCUACAAAAAAGCUCGGGACAGAACUCACGGUGCUGGAAGAUAUUGGGAGCAGUCUAAUGAGCGAAAGAGGGUACGACAGCGAUGCACGAAACAUCUCGACGCCAACCCGUGCCAAUCACAUGGGAGGUUCACCUGUCGCUCGAGGCUUCCGCAGAAUGGAGCUGAGUGAUCUCGUUGAGAGAAGCCAGGAGCGUGAUGAAUCUGAGCGCUGGGCAACGGACCAGUCGCAAAACAACCUCGAUUCUCACGAUUCACCCUUCGGGAUGCAUUACAUAUCGACUCCCAAAAGCAGCCUGAGAGGUAUCUCCCGCCCGACCCGUGAAAUGGAUAGUCAAUGUCCAGGACUUGGGGAACAUAGCGGGCAGAUGGGGCUUGCAAGACCCUUCCCGAGUUUGACUGCUUCAAGCCAAGAGUCUGGCCUGCCACUUUCAAGAUAUUCUCCAAUUCUUGGUGGACCUGAAGGUGCUGACGAUAUGAACCUCAUGACCCAUUGGGAUCAAUACUUGAAGAGAGGUCAAAAGAACGGCAUGGUAACUUCAGGUUCGGUGCCAGACUUGUCGACAGGCGUCUUGGUCUCCAAAAAGAGACAAAUAACUACUUCUGGCUUGUCUUUAGCAGAUCCCCGAACACUUCAUCUGGGUGACUUCGGAAUAUCUCACCGACUCGCCUCUCAGACCAUGUCUUCAGGGUCCAUGUCGAGUCCUGAUCUUGUCCGCAACAACCGCAAUGGCCCAUUUAUGUCUUCACAGGAGAACCUUCAACCUCGCCAGAGGUCACCGCAGGGCCAGAUGAGGCGCCUGCGCGAUCCAUCAUCGCUCUACUCUCACCAAAGUAGCCAUCCCAGCUCGACAAAUGCAGCCUCGCGGGUCCAUUCUCCUGGAUCACCCACUGAAAAGCCCAUGUACACCAGCCAGGGAAUCAAAGAGCAAGCGCAAGGUGAGGGUCCUGCGGAGAAUAAUGGUUUUGUUUAUGAAAGCAGGUUCCGCGAGUAUUGCGAUACUGUCAACUCACCAUCAAGUUACCAGGGUCAGCCCUGUGGCCCAAAUGACCGAGGUUCCCCGCGCAGAGUCAGUGCAGGCUGGAUGUCAGGAGGCCGGCGACUUGGCUAUGGCUAUAGUCCAGUGCCGGGUGCGGAAGAUACCCAAUACCAGCAAGAAGAUGACUGCGUACAUGCAAACCAAGGGCCGUAUCCUGUCAUCGCCGAUGCGAAUACGAAGAAUGAGUGUGGUGGUCAAUCCCAAGGGUGUCGAAGGGAUCCCCAGGAAACUGUGGAGACAAAUUUUCAAGAACCUAACCCUAUCCCACCUCCUAUGAAUCCAAAGCGUCAUGAAAAUGGACCGGCCACUGUUCCCAGAGCGACAACAUCUCAUCGAUCAACCAUGAACUUUCCAGUGCCUCCUUACUCGCGGGCUUUCAUGGGAAGUCGAACUAACCGAUCCAGUCGAGACUACGAAACAGGUGCAGUUUGGGUUGAUGAAAUCAACAUCCCGGAUCUUCGUGCACCAGAGGUACCUCCAACGACUCAAAUCAAGCACUGCGAAGUUCCACCGAGCUCCCAUUACAGCACUCACCCUAAUCAUGCUUCUGCUAGCCGGUGGUCCCGACUCGGUCAAUCCAUGAACGUGCAACCACGGGCUCGAAAGAAUGGAGAGGGUCUCGAUGGUCACGGAACAGGAAGCAACUGUAAUUCACGCUCAGCAAUUGGACAGUCUGCCGGUAAUCUGGAGGGUCCUGCAAAGGCUCCAAGCGAGCACCAUGCAAGGGAACACCUUGAAUCAAAUCCUCUGGGCACAAGACAUCUCGGCGACGGUGAAGAUCAAGCUGGCCAGGCACACCCAACCAAUUCACGUAGUUCCAGAUGGUUGCUGAGACUUUCCAAGCGCCGAGCGAGCCGCCGUCUCUCAAAUAUACACCACCAAGAAUCAUCCCAAGAAUCGUCCCAGGCAUCCUCGGCUCCUUUCCACGAGUGUGAUUCAAGCAGUGCCAGGCGGACCAGUUCUACAAAGAGCAGCGGCGCAGAAGAUCCAGCGAGCGCGUACCAAGAUUGUCUUCACAUGCCUGGUUCCUUUGAUGGCAGUCGCUGGGCAAACCGGAGCAGUCGAGUGCUGUGGGAUAUGGUAACGACUGAAGACGAUCACUGA